AACUGUGGUCUGUUUUGCCCAAGUCUCUACACUAAAGUAUCUCUUACAAUUGCCUAUGUUGUCUUACUAAUAACAGCGAGUAUAGGAAACAUCCUGGUUUUUUUACUUCUGCGUAGAUGCAAGAGUACAGCUCAAAUGACCUUUAACUAUCUUAUCAUGAAUAUGGCCGUUGGAGAUAUUAUUGGAGUCUUCAGCUCAGCAAUAUUAGCAGUUUCCUUCACUUUUGUUGGUCAUCAUUGGAUUUCAGGCCUAUUUGGAGAAGUUCUCUGCAAAAUGGUUCCUUUUGUUCUCACUCUGUCUAUUUAUUUGUCAAUAUGGACCUUAGUGGUUAUGUCUGUGGAUCGAUACUUUUCAAUUUCUCAUUCUUCCAAGAAACCAAUGAGUAGAAAAGUAGUAAAAAGAAGCAUCGUCUCAGUCUGGUUCAUCGCUGCCAUGGCUGCCUCUCCAUACCUAUAUAAGAUGCAAUUAAGAGAGACAAGUGAUAAAUCUGAGUGUCGUUCUCUUUGGAGUGAAGAUCUUGAAAGGCAUUUAUUUAUGAGUAGAGGUGAAGAGAUCGUCAAGUUUGUUUUAACGUACGUUAUUCCUUUAUCUGUAAUAGGGACAAUGAAUAUCAUAAUCGGCCGUACUCUAAGUAGCUUGAAACCAAUCAAUGACUGUAAAAUACAAGCGAAGAGAGCCAAACGUAAUCGAAAGAUUUACAAACUUUUAGUUUCA